AAAAUUUCAGUCAUAAACUGCCAGACAGGCAAACAAGCAACACAACAAUUAAAUCGAAAAGCAAAAAACGGAUCUUUUUUUUUUUAUUUGUAAAAAAUGGAAAAUAAUAAUGCAAAUUUAAAUCCAGAUAAUUCAACGGAGAACCAGUCGAGUCCUGUUGGGCAAACCGAUGAGACUGCGGAGACUUCGUUGACUUUGCGACGCAGUCCACGGGUCAAGCGACCCAGGAUACCCUGUGACUGUUGCACAACGGGUAUGCAUGUGCGUACCUUCACCAACAUUAUGGGACGUCGGCCGCUACACACGCCAAGAGCAACUGCAGCUCAACGUUCGGUGAAGCGCAAACGAGUAUCACGGAUAAAUCCAACAACUCUAGAUGAAGCUGAAGCUGAUGAGCGUCCUUCGACUCAGGUUCCACGUGACCGCAACAAUGUUGGCGUCCCAAAAAGAUUGCGCAGUAUUAGGCGCCGUCGUCCGAUCUUCACAGCAGCAACUGGGAGAAGAGUCGAGGAAUGCGGCGAGAUCUCUUUUGAGGCAACCCCAACACAAACGAGUGGCAACAGCAAUAAUAACGGCGAGUUAGCCUCGGUGCAAGUUUUGCCACCAAAGCGUCCGUGUUUGCCCCCAAUUCCAACAGUUGUCGCCGCAGAUGUCGACGUUGCCACGACUGCACUUGGCCCACAAUCUGCUCAAGGCGUAUCCCUUAACAUGAAUUUCACAGUAAACCUUUUUUCUGCAUUUGGAAAUGCAGCAACAAAAACUGAAUUCGAUAACAAUCAAUCAACACCAAUUGAUGCCAGGAACUUGCAGGAAAAUGCAGACACUCAAGCCACUGCAAAUACUUCAGCUGUGGAAGACAAGAAAAAGAUUCUUAUACCUUUUGAAGAAAUCAAAUCGGAACCUGCAUCGCAGGCACCUUCCGUAUUCGGUGAUGAAGAGAGCAAUACAAUUGUCAAUUCGACACUACUAUCUACAUGUAAAGAGGAAUCUUUUACGCUUCCUCGACCCAAGGAAUAUUAUCGACAGAAUCCGCCAUCACUUGAGCAAUCCAGUUCGGACGAAGAGAAUGAAGAGGACGAAGAGGAUGAAGAGGACGAAGGUUCAGAAGAGAGUCCCGAAUCAACGCGUGGUUGCGUCAUAAUAUAAACUAAAAUAUAAUAUUCUUAUUAUUAUAUGUUCUAUUUUAAAAGAAAUUGCAAAAUGUCAUCGAGUUGGAUUUGAAAAAAGCAAGCAUAAAUUAAGCAUUCGCACGUUUUGCAUUUAAAAUUGAAGUAAAAGUAUUUUGUGGAAUUUAUAUACAACUAAUUCCCAGAGAAACAAAAACAACAAAAUGCCUGCAAGUUUUCAUGCACACAGCCGGGCGUGGCGGAACACAAACAGCAAAACCAACUAAGAACAACAACAAAUGGCAGAAAACUUCAGCUGACAAGACAACAAGGGCAACAGGAGGCUAACAGCAACAACACAACAACAACCACAACAACAGCGGACAAACAGACGGAGAGAGCUAAAAAGGAUGCCACCAAAGGAAGCAAACGUUGCGUUGGCUGCUGAUGGACAAGACGAACAGCAGCAAUCGCAAGGGCAACUGCUGCUGCCAUGUUAGAGGCACGCAGCGAGACGGUUACAGCAUGGCAAACAUGGAUGAGAACGACUUGCAACGCUAUGAGACAGAGAGAGAGAGAGAGGGAGAUACAAGAGCUGGGGAUGGUCCCAAGGAAUACGACGGGAAAGUAGGUCUGGUAAAGUUCUACAACUAAUCCUGACUGAUGUUGCGACAAUAUAUAGAAAAGCACAACAUAUGCUACAGCCGUUUCGCAGCUACGCUUUGCUGCUUCCUGGCAUGAUAUUCUCUCCUCUUCAAUCCCUCUUCACUCUACUCUUUUGGCUGUUGUUUGCCAUUUGUGCCAAAGAUUUAUGCGUUGGCGCAAAACUUGCAUUUCAAAUGCAAUUCAACUAACGAAAAAAAAACAAAACUAUGAGACGACGACGAAUGCACAACUGCAGCAAAGGUCAGAAAACUAUAGCGAGGACAUUUUGUAGCAGCUAAUUGAAAUAAUGAAAUAGCACUUAAAACUAAACCCUCGAGGAAACUUCAAAAGUUGUUUCAAGUUUGAGAAACAAAUAGAGCAAAUAAUAAUAGAAUAUAUGAUGGAAAUUCCACAUUGAGAAAUAAUGUAAGACUUGAAAUUUAUAUCCAUUAAUUUUACGUUAUUUAUUAUUAUUUAUUUACGUUAUUUUUACGUUAUUUAUUAUUAUUUAUUUUACGUUAUUACCUUUGAAAAUAAUCCACAGUUGAAUAAAAUUUUUGUAAAUUAAUGUUUAAA